AUGUACUCAGCAAAUCGAACACAUCGUGCGGAAACGAGAAAUCGUACUAAAGAUGAGUUGCGGAAGGUGAUUAGUUCCAUAGAAAAAGUGCGGAAAUGGGAGAAGAAAUGGGUACUGAUCAAGGACACAGCUAUCAAAAUACAGAAAUGGGUCCCCGUGACAGCACAAAUGAAUAUUCCACCCCCUAAGAUCGCAAAGCCUGCUAUAGAUGAAGAUACGAGCAAUACUAUACAAUCUACAGAAGAUGUUUCCCAAGAUUCGGCCACAGCAGGAAAUGCUCCUCGACUGACUCGAUUUGGUGCCAAUAUCAACGAUGAUUCAAAUACAGGAUUCUCCGAAGCUGCCUUUGAUUCUGAUUCCAAUCAAACAUUUGAACCACAAAACUAUCAGCCAAGUACUGAACACGGUUCAACGGAUUUCAGUGCUAUGCGUGAUGCUGAAAUGGGUCAUUAG